UAGACCAUGGCGUUAAAACUGCCGUAGAGGGAGAUCGUACGAUGGCAAGAUUUCAUGGAUCUGGGGAACCAAAAGCCCUUCAAAAUCCACGUAGUCUCCUCGACCGAGUCGCCCGAGUUCACUCACCUGACUCGGGCACUGACUCGUUCAUUACUCAUCGCGAUUGACGCCGAAUGGAAGCCGACCCGCGCUGGGCAGCAGCAGACAUGCCUCCCCACCGUCUCUCUCCUCCAACUCGCCUGCCAACUCGAUCCGCGACUCGGUGGGGACUCGGACGAGUCGGAGAACUCAGUCGUGUUCUUGGUGGACCUCCUCCUGAUUCCUCUUCCUUCAAUCUGGGAACUGUUGAGAGACGUUUUCGUCUCUCCCGAUAUUCUGAAAUUAGGUUUUAGGUUCAAGCAAGACCUGGUCUACUUGUCCUCCACUUUCAGCUCGCAUGGCUGUAAUCUUGGAUUUGAUAGGAUUGAGCCCUUUUUGGAUAUUACGAGUGUGUACAAAGAUCUACAACAUAAGCAACCUGGAAGGAAAAUGUCUAAGGAUAUCAAGAGUUUGGCAACUAUUUGCAAAGAAGUGUUGGGCAUUUCUCUUUCAAAGGAACUUCAAUGUAGUGAUUGGUCACAUCGUCCUCUUACUGAAGCUCAAAGAACAUAUGCAGCUAUGGAUGCACACUGCUUGCUUGAUAUUUUUAACGUCUUUCAACACAAAGUCAUCAAAGAAGGGAAUUUAAAUCACAAUCUUGCUGAACCAACUUCCCUCGUUUCAAAUGUUGGGUUGAAAGAGAUUCUUGAGAAGAAUGGUGUGUGUGAAAAAAUUAUAAGGACGACAUUUUGUGACGCUUUGGAUAUAGUCCGAGCUACUGCUUGUUUCGAUAUUUCUCAAAAAAUAGCCUCUGAAGAAGGAAUGGUUCUGAGGUCUCAGCAAAGGAGUACGUUGCCUAUGGACGAGUCCCUGUUGAAGAUUGUGAACAGAUACGGUGAAAAACUUGUGCUGAAAGAAUCUGAUAAAAAGCCGAAAAUUUCAAAAAGAAAAGGGAAAAGACGAUCAUCGGCUGGUUUGAUUAAUAAAGAAAAGCAAUUAGAGAAUCUUGAGGACGGGCAAGGACCCAUACCAUGGGAUUUGUCCUUGGGGGGAAAUGGAUCCCCUAAGUUUCUGUGUGAUGUAAUGGUUGAAGGAUUGGCAAAACAUUUGAGGUGUGUUGGGAUCGAUGCUGCAAUCCCACAUUCGAAAAAGCCCGAACCUAGGGAGCUGAUAGGUCAAGCUCACAGAGAGAAUAGAGUGCUAUUGACGCGGGAUGCCAAGCUGCUGAGACACCAAUAUAUAUUAAAGAAUCAAAUAUAUAGGGUGAAGAGUCUUCUGAAAAAUGAACAGCUACUUGAGGUGAUAGAAACAUUUCAGCUGAAAAUCAGUGAGGAUCAAUUGAUGUCAAGGUGCACAAAAUGCAAUGGUAGGUUUAUUCAAAAGCCUCUGACAACUGAAGAGGCUGUGGAAGCAGCAAAAGGUUUCCAACGAAUUCCAAAUUGCUUGUUUAACCAAAAUUUAGAGUUUUGGCAGUGCAUGGACUGCAAUCAACUUUACUGGGAGGGAACCCAGUAUAAGAAUGCAGUCCAGAAAUUCAUAGACGUUUGCAAGUUGAACGACUAAACUCCAAGCUCAUAAUCAUUGUGAACAGUUGUGCCAUUUUUGGGCAAGUGUCUUUGUCGGUUAUGCUUUUGUAAUAUAUUCAUCUCCAUAUGUUUAAGUUAUGUUAAGUUAUGUACGUCAUUAUUAUUAUAUGUA